AGGGAUAAGAAGCCCACAAUCUCGGAAGAGCCUAGAUUUUCUCCGCGAGGGAAGGGGAGGCUCAGAGGAGGCCGAUCGGUUGAAAAGGAUUGACCUUUACACGAAGCCCCAAUUUCGAAUUCGCAAUCUCUCUCUCUCUCGUCGCAGCCUCUUCGUUCUCAGAUCAAGCAAAAUGGCGGGUCACAAGAUUGCUCAUGCCACAUUGAAAGGUCCAAGUGUUGUCAAGGAGAUAUUGUAUGGAUCGGUGCUUGCUUUGGCUUGUGGAAGUCUGUGGAAAAUGCAUCACUGGAAUGAGCAGAGGAAAGUGAGGGCGUUCUACGACUUGCUCGAGAAGGGUGAAAUCAGUGUGGUCGUUGAAGAAUAGAUAUUCGUAGUUCCGACCAUGAAUCCAACACCCAGUUAAUCAUUCUCCCUUUCCAUUUAGUUUGGGUCUUGAAAUUAUCGAGUUUAUCGACUGUUCUGGAUUAGAGUAUUACUUCAAAAACCAAAGUAUGUUACUGAUAUUUGCUUCCUUUUGAUUGCAUUUAUGGUUGCUCUA